CUGAAGCGCCGUCAUCAUCAGCUGAGCCUCAACCGAGCCUCAGUUACGAUAUUCCCGUAGAUGUCCUUUGAUGAGACAUCUUUAGUAAUUUCCAGAGAAUAAGUGUCAUCAUUCUUCUGUUUAGUCAUGAACUUGUUGAAAAAUAUAGUUAAUCUAAGGGGGUGGAAGCCCAGAGGAACAGGGUGUUUGUAUAGCAGCCAGAGAUCUAUGAGUGCUUCAGAACCAGCACAUCUGGAGCCAGCCAAUUUCAGGCCACAGAAAGUACUGAUUCUCACCAAAUUGUCAAGAUAUGAGUUUGAGAAGCGUCGACACCCAGAGCUGACCGAGAGACAACUGGAGAGGUGCCUUAGAAACAGAGGAUCAGACUACAAUAUGUUACUCUACCACCACUACAUCCACAAGGGUGUUGAAAAUACAGUAAACAGUGUAUUCAGAGCAGCUGGUAUUGAGACCAAAGUGGUUUAUCGCUUUGACUACUCAGACCCCAACAUCGAAUGGGCAGAUGCCAUAGUGACCACAGGAGGCGAUGGAACCUUCCUUCUUGCAGCAUCUGGUGUACUAGAGAGAAACAAACCUCUAAUAGGGUUCAAUUCCGAUCCCAUGAGAUCAAAAGGACAGCUAUGUCUCCCUCAGAAGUACUCAGUAGAUGUGAAGGAGGCAAUUGAUAAACUUUUAAAGGGAAAAUUUCGCUGGACCUUCAGAAGCAGAAUUCGUGUCACACUUAUAGGGGAAAACAUCUUUAGACCACCAGUGGAACUGCAUGACCAGCAGUUGUUACAUCCUGAGUACAGAUACCUAGACAUGGACUUGCAGUUACGUACGCUGAAGGAAAAUACACCAUCAACAGAUGAGUCUGGAUUACCUAGACGAGUACUGCCCGUCCUUGCCCUCAAUGAGGUUUUCAUUGGCGAAUGUGUGUCAGCCAGAGUGUCGUAUUUGGAGUUGAGUUUUGAUCGUAACAAGGGGAUCAAACAGAAGUGUUCAGGACUCAUCGCCAGCACAGGGACGGGCUCAACCUCAUGGACUUAUAAUGUGAACAAGUUAACAGAACAAAAUAUGGAAGAAAUCCUGACUAUUGUGAAGGAGGAGACAGGCUUUGGCAUCCGCGAUACAGAUCCUUUAUUUGUACGCAAGAUUACUAAUAAGUUUAAUGAGAUGCUAAUCACAAAUCCUGAGGAGCCACGUAUGGUGUACACUAUUAGGGAUCAGCUGGUCUCGUCGCCCAUGAGAAGUGAAUGUGUCAAGCCUAGGGGAUUUGCUAGGUCAAUAGGUGUAAAGUCUCGUUGCUUUGAUGCUUCUUUGGUGAUUGAUGGGGGUCUAUCCUUCCCCUUCAAUGAUGGGACGCGAGCCCUUCUGGAGAUUCAUGAUGUGGACGCUCUCCGGACAGUGACCCUGCAUGAGGAUCCAACAGAAGUUUCUUUCAAGCACUGAUAGAACGUGUUGAAGAAAUGCUUCAUAAUUUGCAAACAGGACACAGGAAAUGUUUUUGGUGUUGAGUAGGAAAAGUAACAGAAUUUUCAACAUUAAUACUAUGAGGUGCUCAUUGUCUAGUCAUACUGGGACAGAGUAAGUAUUUAUGCCUUGGACAUAGACAUUUUGACAUGAACUUAGAGUAUCUUCAUUGGCAAGUACAAGGAGUGUUAUUUAGGAAAGUGGAAUGUGGAAAUAUCUUGCCAUUAGUGAAUGCAGGAGUUUGUAAUGAGGGGAAAAUGGUAGAUUUAAGUCAGGGUUGUACAUAAGUAUCUUGUGAUUAUUGAACUCUCACUUAAACAUUGUCACAAAUAAUAAGCACCUUAUUUGGUUAUUGAGCAAUAGUUGGGGGCUAUUUUGCAACGGCAAUAUGUUUUGUGUAAUAGGUAAUUUGGUUCAAAUGUGUAUAUAUAGCUUUAUUAUAGAAUUUCUUUCUUACAUGAUUAAAUACCUAUUUACUGGGCAUUUAUAUUAUGAAUCUAUAACUUGUGAUCAUUGUUUUGCUCAUUAGUUGUUACUUAUAGAGUGAGUAGAGAUGUACAUGCUUUAUUGAUGUGCUAAAACCCUUUCAUUUUCAAGUGCUGUUUUUUCUGUUAGAUCCAUUUUGUCCCUAUAACAUGAAAGGCACACUUUGCUUAUCAUACAGAGAACAGGGCAUGCAAAUAUGAUCCAGUAAGUUACUAUUAUCAUUAACAGUAUUAUUGACACGAGACUUGACACGUUUCUUCCCAACUUUUGAUACACUUUAUCAAGUGGUAAGGAAUUUAAAUAAUAGCUGUUUAUUGCAGAUUGCCAUAUUUCACCAGCGUAAACUUCCUUCUGCCAAGACUCAUGGUGGAGUAUGCAUUUGUUUUUUUGUUAAGUCAUUAUGGUUUGACAUUUCUGUGUAUAAAUUUUUUAUGUAUCUUUUUAUGUAUCUUCAACAAACAGAGAUAAUUACCAUUAGUGAAAAUCAUCAGAGCCUUCAUAAUAAGAAGAGGUGUACUAACAUGGAUAAUUCAUGUGUUAAACAAGAUAGCAAAGCCUUUAUUUGAUUUAUCCAACUUUAGAUGUCACAGACAAUUUGUAUCUCCUGCUCUUUUACGAAAUAUCUCAUGGUUGUCUAUGAAAUACCUUGUGCUGAUUUAGGAAGUAUAGAUGUCUUGGAAAAUGUAAAACUGGUUGGAAGUCCAGGUAUAUGCUAUUCAACAUUAUAUUUAAUGUUGACAGCAUAAACAAUAAGGAACAUUUUAUAGGCCACCAAAGUGGAUUUCCAUGCAUGUCAAAUUACUAGGCUUGAUGAUGAAUUUGAGAUAGCAGCGGGGUAUAUUAGUGGUGUAAAAUGUUACAAGAGCAAAUAUUUGUCUUUUUAGAUAUUGAUGUUAAUUAUCAUCUUUUUUAAACUGCUUACUUAUACUCCAGUUUUGUUGACCAAACAUAAGGCUUCUAUCUCCAAGCAGAGAGUUGUUACAAAAAGAGACAAAUGUAGUUUCACUAAACUGUAUGAUAAAGCACAUGCUUAUGGGAGAAAAGUCGAAGUUCACAAGAGACAUUUCAUACACUUUGAAAUACAGAUUUCGUCCUUUUAUAUUUUGUUGUGCCUCUGAGCUCAGUAAUGUGUAGCAUGUUAUGUAUUCUAAUACAUCCUUUUUCAUCUAUUUCAUUAAUCGUAUUCAUGCAGAUUCAUGACCAGUUUCAACUUUUGAUCAUAUAUAGCAACUUGGACAUCAUGAUUUAUAAGGAUGUUUAUUUUAGGAAGUUUUUCAUGUUCUUUGGGAUAUGGUCUCCUAUGCUUCCAGUUGUAUAAAGGAAACUAAGUGUAAGACAUGGAUUGAGGACAAAUUAUCUCAAUGGAAAUCUUUAAAGGAAUAACAAUUUGUUGUACUGUGAUGUUUUCACCCAGUCAUUACACACAAAGAUUAUUAUAUCUCUCGUUUUAUUUAAUUUCUGUUGCAAUGUAGUACAUAGUUUAUGCUUCUUAUCAAAAAUACAUUAAACUUACACCAGUCCCUCCAAACCUUCAUUCCAUUUUUCUUUCACAUUUUAUAGAUUAUCAUUAUUAGGUGAAAGGCCUCCAUGAACCUUGCUCUGCCUCAAAAUGUCUGGUCACAUGUAUUCUGUUAUUUAUUAGUUAGGUCACUUUCCCAUGAGUAAUUUAUAACUCAGGUUGUAUUCUAGCAGUUAAUGUUUUUGUAUGUAUACUUUAAUACAUUGUGCAUCCAUGUGCACAUGCACACAUGCGCACAUAUACACAAUCAUACACUCUCACACAUGCACACACGCAUACAUGCGCACACACACAUACAUGUAGACAUAUUCUGUCCACAGAAACUUUAGUUUAUUCAGUUUGUUUAUACAGAGAUGGCUCCACAAGUACUUAGUCACUAGGGAGUCAGUUACUAGGCCUACAUAUUCUCAUGUGUUCCUUGAAUUUUCUGGAAGAAAAGUUUUAUUAUAUUGCUUUUACUAGUGUUGACAACUAUUGUUAAUAAUAAUAAUGUCAGGAAGGAAGGUAAUAACAAUAGCAAUGAUAAUGAUAGUAUAAGGUAUAUAAUUUUUUUCUGCCCAAAAAAUAAAAGAAUGGGUUGGCAAGUGCACUCAGGUAGGCCAGGCCACUUACUAAGUACUUGCAGAGCAAUCUAUGUGCAAACAAAAUGCACAAAACAAAACUACAGUGGACAGUUUAUGAAUCCAACACCAGUGAGUUAAAAGUAGUGUAGAUUUAGAUUUGUUAGUUUGUUACUUUCUUGGCAGUCUUACAAUAAAUCAUACGACUGUCCAAAAGUGCAGUCAUAUUGUAAAUGUAUUUCCAUGUGAAAAAAAUGUAUGAUUUUACAUUGAGAGAGAGGAGUAGGAGGUAAACACAAAUAGAUUGAUAAAUGAAUGUGCAGACAUUCAGAAGAAUGGAAAAAGAGGAGAAAUAUGUUAUAUGAAUGCACUUCACGGAACCCCAGUGGCACAAAUAACAAUAAGUGUUCAUAGUUUAGAGUUGUAAAGAAAUUUGCUGUUCAGUACUUGAUAUUCACUUUAGCAGUAACAUUUGCAUCACCCAGCUUGUCCAGAUUUUUGGUCUUAUUUUAUUUUCUAUGUGAGAAAUAAGAAAAUUCUUGUUAAUAGAAUGUUACUCUUUAUGGCUGAAUAUAAGCAUGCACACGCUUACACACACACA